UACUAAUUAUCGAAUCAUUUAAUCUCACUAACAUGUCACCGAUAGAUCUAACUCACAUAGACACUGUGGAAUAUUUGUCAGUUACUAAUAAAUACCUUAAAAUUAAACGCGAAGCCCACUCUCUCAUUGGCCCAUUUGAUCUAACCAAAUUAAAGAAAAGAAAAACCAUUACAAAACCACAAACUAAUAUCAUAUCUGAAACUGCAUUAGCAGCGCUAACAGCAAGCGAUAGUUUUACUAAAAUAGGUAAAACAACAACAGAAGACAUUUCACUAAACGAAAAACUAAAAGAAAUCAAUGCUACGGCUGCCACUCCAAGAACUGAUAUUUCCGCAAGUAAAAAGAUAAAAAUAACAAAUUACAAAAACAUUGAAAUGAAAAAUAUUGAUUUAAGCAAGGAAGAAAAGCUAGACGUAAACUCAAAUUUGAAAUCUUUUAAUACUCUAACAUCAGAAGGUAAAAAAGUCGUUAAUCUCAAAUACAAUAAUAGCCUAAUAAACACUACAGAUGAACCGAUACUGAAACAAAAAACUAAAAAUGCAAAGAAUUCUAAUGUUCUAAGAGAAACUGCAAAAGUUCGAAGAAAGUCUAAGAGUGUUAGCACACGAAAGAUAGAUUCGUCUCGACAGGAAACACGUUUGGUAAUGAAGAAAAAAGCUGACAAUGAAACUGCCUGGCCAGCCAAGCAUGCAGCUAUUGUAGAAGGUGACAUUAUUAUUGGUGGAUUAAUGAUGGUGCACGGCCGAGCAAGCGGGUCUGAAGGUAUAACCAAUGUGGCCAAAUGUGGACCCCUUAUGGCCCAGGGUGGGGUGCAGGCACUCGAAGCUAUGCUGUUCGCCCUGGAUGAAGCCCGAAGACUCCAUCUCCCGCCUCCCGGAGUGAAGCUGGGAGCCCUAGUCUUAGAUGACUGCGACAGUGAUACUAGGGGAUUAGAAAUGGCACUUGAUUUUAUUAAGGGUUCAAUAAGCAACAUAGACGAUGAAGAGUACGCGUGUAAUGCUUCAGCUUUGAGGAAGGUAAUAUCUGGAGUGGUCGGAGCAGCUUCGAGUGUCACCUCCGUACAAGUGGCCAAUCUGCUAAGACUCUUUAAAAUACCACAGGUAUCUUUCUUCUCCACAUCACCAGAACUAUCAAACAAGGCUCGCUUCGAAUACUUCACACGCACAAUACCUUCAGAUCUUCAUCAAGUCAAAGCUAUGGUUGAAAUUGUCAAAAUACUGGGCUGGCGAUAUGUCUCUAUCAUUUACGAAGAAUCAAAUUAUGGCAUUAAGGCUUUUGAAGAGUUGGAAACGUUGCUGGCAAGGAAUGACAUUUGUAUAGCCGUAAAAGAAAGACUCACCAAGGACUCGGGGGCUUCUGACGAGAAAGGUUACGACGAUAUUGUAGAAAGGCUAUUAUCGCGGCCGAGGGCUAGAGGAGUAAUAGUGUUCGGUUCAGAUCAAGAAGUAGCUGGGGUGAUGGCAGCCGUCCAGCGACGUGGUGCCGAGAGUACCUUCGGCUGGGUGGGGUCCGAUGGGUGGAGCGCCAGGGCUCUGGUUGCGGCGGGAAACGAGCCCGUUGUGGAGGGAACCAUCAGCGUUCAGCCGCAGGCAAACCCCGUGCGAGGGUUUCGCGACUACUUCCUUGGACUUACGCCGCAAAACAACCCCAGGAAUCCUUGGUUUGUCGAGUUUUGGGAGGAACAGUUCCGGUGCCGAUAUCCGGGCGCUCCCCGAACGCCUUUCAACGUGGACUACAAAGCCUGCGGUGGGGAAGAGAAACUUUCCGUUGACAACACAGAGUUCGAGGCACAACUUCAGUUCGUUGCGGAUGCAGUCUGGUCCUUUGUUCACGCUAUUAGAGACAUGCACAGGGACCUGUGCGGUGGUAAAGCUGGCCUAUGUGACGCCAUGCGACCAGUGAAUGGUCCCACCCUGCUACGGUAUUUGAGACAGGUUCGCUUUACUGGAUUAAGCGGGGACGAAUUCCGUUUUGACCAACACGGCGAUGGACCUGCAAGAUACAAUAUUCUUCACUUCAAACAGGUUUCCCUCGGGGUGUAUCGCUGGUUGAAGGUCGGAAUGUAUUUGGAUGGAGAACUGCAGUUGGAUAUGAAUGAGAUCCAAUUCAAAUGGGGAGAGCGACGGCCGCCAGAGUCAGUGUGUAGCGCUGAAUGUGAGCUGGGACAAGCCAAGCAAUACGUGGAAGGGGAGAGUUGCUGCUGGCAUUGCUUCAACUGUACACAGUAUGAGAUAAGAUCGCCAUAUUCGGAGACGGCGUGUGUUGAAUGUCCUCGAGGUACAUUACCUGAUGUCACCAGAACCCAUUGUGCUCCAAUACCAGAGUUAUACUUGAAGCCAUCUUCACCAGCUGCCAUUAGUGCCAUGGUUUUCUCGACACUUGGUAUUCUACUAACUAUCUUGGUUGUCAUCGUGUGGAUAAUUCAUGGUAGCACACCAGUAGUACGAGCCAGUGGAAGGGAGCUAUCAUUUGUACUACUUAUUGGAAUACUAAUGUGCUACAUGGUGACAUUCGCGUUAGUUCUACGGCCAACCAACUUCUUAUGUUCUUUACAAAGAUUCGUUACUGGAUUUUGUUUUACCGUAGUGUAUGCCGCUUUGCUCACAAAAACUAAUAGGAUUUCUAGAAUUUUCGACGCAAGCAAAUUCUCGGCUCGUAGACCUUCAUUUAUAUCUCCAAAGUCUCAAAUGCUGAUUUGCUCAAUUUUAAUAUCAAUACAGGUUGUGAUAGUAAUAAUAUGGCAGCUGGCGUCACCAGCGCGGGCUAUUCACCACUAUCCCACAAGAGAGGACAAUAUGUUGGUGUGCGACUCCUAUGUGGAUGCCUCGUACACGAUCGCUUUCUUCUAUCCAGUAGUACUCAUCGUCGUCUGUACCGUUUAUGCUGUGCUCACCAGGAAGAUACCAGAAGCCUUUAACGAGAGUAAACAUAUUGGUUUCACAAUGUACACGACGUGUGUGAUAUGGUUGGCGUUUGUUCCACUGUAUUUCGGCACAGCAAGCUAUGUUCCACUGAGGGUCACGAGUAUGGCCAUUACCAUAUCCUUGAGCGCUAGUGUCACUCUCGCCUGUUUGUUUGCACCUAAGCCGCCGAAUUCCACUUCG